AUGGCUUCCCAGUUUCAUCAGCUUCGGGUCCUGAUCUGGAAAAAUUGGCUAGGUGUCAAAAGGCAGCCGCUUUGGACUCUUGUCUUGAUUUUAUGGCCAGUCAUUAUUUUCAUAAUUUUGGCUAUUACCCGGACCAAAUUUCCUCCAAGAGCAAAAUCAACGUGUUACCUUGCACCUCGAAAUCUUCCUAGUACUGGCUUCUUCCCGUUCCUGCAAACCCUACUCUGUGACACAGACUCUAAAUGCAAAGACACACCCUAUGGUCCAAAAGAUCUGCUUCGUAGGAAAGGAAUUGAUGAUGCACUAUUUAAGGACAGUGAAAUUCUGAGAAAGUCAUCCAACCUGGAGAAGGACAGCAAUUUAUCACUCCAGAGCACCAAAGUUCCAGAAGGAAGGCACACAUCACCAGCCAUAGUAUUUCCCAGUCCAAGUUCUGUUUUGGAAAAUACUGGAACAGAUACUUUCAAUGGAAGUCAAGUCCUUGCCCGGAUCCUUAGUUUGGAAAAGCUGUUAGAGGAAAAUUCAACUUCAGAAGACAUACGAAGAGAACUGUGUGAGAACUAUCCAGACUAUACCACUCAUUAUGCCUUCUCUUGGACAACUCUAGGGAAAAACGUUUUUAACAGAUUUUGUCUAUCCAAUAUGACCUUUUUAGAGUCUUCGCUCCAUGAACUAACAAACCAGUUCUCUCAGAUAUCAAGUAAUCCCAGCAACCAGAAGACAGUAUUUCAGGACAUGGUCAAAAUGCUGUCCUUCUUCUCACAAGUCCAAGAGCAGACAGCUGUGUGGCAGCUUCUUUCUAGUUUUCCAAAUGUGUUCCAGAAUGAUACAACACUAAGCAGUCUACUUGAUGUUCUUCAAAAUGCAAACAGUGCGCUGCAGGUGGUGCAGAAGGUUUAUCCACGUGUCACAACUAACGAAGGUUUCAAAACUCUCCAUAAAUCUGUUAAACAUCUGCUGUACACUCUGGACUCCCCAGCUCAAGGUGGCCCUGAUAAUGUGACGCAUGUGUGGCGUGUGGAAGAUGGGCAGUUACUCUCCCCAAGCAGCCUGGCUGCACAGCUCCUAAUACUGGAAAACUUUGAAGAUGCUCUCUUAAAUAUAUCAGCAGAUAGUCCUUAUAUUCCUUACUUGGCAUGUGUGAGAAAUGUCACUGACAAUUUGGCCAGGGGAUCACAAGAAAAUUUAAGACUCCUGCAGUCCAUAAUUUCGUUUAAAAAAUCUUUUCUUCAAAAUGGUUUUUAUGAGGAUUACUUUUCUUCAGUUCCUGAAGUCCUGAAAUCAAAACUCUCUCAACUUCGAAACUUGACCGAACUUCUUUGUGAAUCUGAAACUUUCAGUUCAAUAGAGAGAAUGUGCCAGCUCUCUGACGUGAACUUUAGGGACCUAUGUGAAGAAAGUGCAUUUCAUGUGCAGCUCCUCGAAGCAGCAGAGCUUGGCACCGAAAUAGCAACCAACUUACUGUACCAUGACAAUAUUAUAUCUAAAAAACUGAGGGAUUUGCUUACUGGGGAUCCAAGCAAAAUGAAUUUAAAUAUGGAUUGGUUGCUAGAACAGGCACUGCAAAUGAAUUACUUUGAAAAUAUCACACGGUUAAUGCCAAUCAUGGAAGCCAUGCUGCAUGUCAAUAACAGCGCAGACCCUUCUGAAAAACCAGCACCAUUUUGCUUCUCCCUUUAUAAAGACAUCAUUAAUAUGCCUGCUGGACCUGUGAUUUGGGCUUUCUUGAAACCUAUGUUAUUGGGAAGAAUUUUGUAUGCACCAUAUACCCCUGUCACAAAGGCAAUAAUGGAAAAGGCUAAUGUAACUCUGAGGCAGCUGGCAGAACUAAGGGAGAAAUCUCAAGAGUGGAUGGAUAACUCACCACUUUUCAUGAAUUCUUUCCACCUGUUAAACCAGACGAUUCCCAUGCUCCAGAAUACUCUAAGGAACCCCUUUGUGCAAGUUUUUGUGAAAUUCUCUGUGGGACUCGAUGCUGUUGAACUAUUGAAACAGAUAGAUGAACUUGAUAUUCUAAGACUGAAAUUAGAAAACAGCAUUGACAUCAUUGAUCAGCUCAACACACUAUCUUCCCUGACAGUAAAUAUUUCCUCCUGUGUAUUAUAUGACCGUAUUCAGGCAGCAAAAAGCAUAGAUGAAAUGGAGAGAGAGGCCAAAAGGCUUUACAAAAGCAAUGAACUCUUUGGAAGUGUUAUUUUUAAGCUUCCUUCUAACAGAAGCCGGCACAGAGGCUAUGACUCUGAAGAUGUAUCUCUUCCUCCUGUCAUAAAAUAUACCAUCCGCAUGAGUCUCAAGACUGCACAGACCACAAGAAGCAUAAGGACCAAGAUUUGGGCCCCGGGGCCACACAAUUCUCCAUCACAUAACCAGAUCUAUGGCAGGGCUUUUGUUUACUUACAGGAUAGUAUUGAGAGAGCAAUCAUUGAAUUGCAGACUGGAAGAAACUCCCAGGAAGUAGCCGUCCAGGUCCAGGCAAUUCCAUAUCCCUGCUACAUGAAAGACAACUUCCUAACCAGUGUCUCUUAUUCUCUUCCAAUUGUGCUCAUGGUUGCCUGGGUUGUAUUUAUAGCUGCAUUUGUAAAAAAGCUUGUUUAUGAGAAAGAUCUCCGGCUUCAUGAGUACAUGAAGAUGAUGGGUGUGAAUUCCUGCAGCCACUUUUUUGCCUGGCUUAUAGAGAGUGUUGGAUUUUUACUGGUGACCAUCGUCAUCCUCAUCAUUAUACUCAAGUUUGGCAAUAUUCUCCCUAAAACAAAUGGGUUCAUUUUGUUCCUGUAUUUUUCGGACUAUAGCUUCUCAGUUAUUGCCAUGAGCUAUCUCAUCAGUGUCUUCUUUAAUAACACCAACAUUGCAGCCCUGAUUGGAUGCCUCAUCUACAUCAUUGCCUUUUUUCCAUUUAUUGUUCUGAUUACAGUUGAGGAUGAGUUGAGCUAUGUAAUAAAAGUAUUCAUGAGUCUGCUGUCCCCAACAGCAUUCAGUUAUGCAAGUCAGUACAUUGCAAGAUAUGAGGAGCAAGGCAUUGGUCUUCAGUGGGAAAAUAUGUACAGUUCCCCAGUUCAGGAUGACACCACCUCAUUUGGCUGGCUGUGCUGUCUAAUCCUAGCUGAUUCUUUAAUUUAUUUCCUUAUUGCUUGGUAUGUCAGGAAUGUGUUUCCAGGUACAUAUGGUAUGGCAGCUCCAUGGUAUUUUCCAGUCCUUCCUUCCUAUUGGAAGGAGCGAUUGGGAUGUAUAGACGUGAAACAUGAGAAAAGCAAUGGCCUUAUGUUUACUAAUAUCGUGAUGCAGAACACGAACCCAUCUGCUAGUAAGACAA